CCGCGCUCAUCUUCAGCACGGACUAGAGUUGCCGGUAUCUGCCGGUAACUCCCGGUAACUGCUGCCGGAGGAACAGGCUAAUCAGGAAACAGGCUGAUCGAUAACAUACAUGAAGAGUCUGGUCAGUGACUUCAGGACCUCAGUCACAUGACCUCCAUCACCAUGGAGACCUGGGCAGAGGACAGACCAUACACUACGCUGAGCCUCAGCUUGUAUGAUUGUACUGAUGGUGCUGCAGAUCCAUAAUCAAUCUGUAUAUCAUCAUCAUCAUCAUCAUCAUCAUCAUUAUCACCAGCAACAAUAACUUCAACCCACAUACUGACGUCACGUGGUCAUACCCGGUAGUGAAGCGAAGACGCUGCUGGUGGAUCUUUGAGGAUCACGUGGACCAGAUCGGACCGGGUUCGGGUUUGGGUUUCGGGUUCUGGAUUCAGUUCUGUGUUCGGCGUGAGUCUCUGACGGAGUGUGACGUCAUGGCGCUGGUGGUACCUGGACAGUUUGAUGACGCAGAGGAGGACAGCGACCAAUCAGAAGUGAGGGCUGUGCAGAGUCAGGUGAGUGAUGUCACUCUGCAGCAGGACAGCGAGGAGGAGGAAGAUGAAGAAGAUGAUGAUGAUGAUGAUGAUGAAGAGUGGGCGUGGCGAGCAGCGGCAGGUGAUCUGACCAAACGAUACAACAGGACGUCUGUCAACAGUCAGAUGAACAAACAGAAUCCGUCCAAUAAGACGCUGCCGUCAUCCACGCCGUCCGACAAAGCUCUGAGGAAAUACGAACACAAGAUCAAUCUCGAUAAGCUCAACUUCGCUGACUCGGUGAUCAAUAAAGUGACGACGAAGCAGAAACAGAAAGACGCCGACACGUACCGAGUCAAGGACAAAUCAGAUCGCGCCACAGUGGAACAGGUUUUAGAUCCUCGAACUCGAAUGAUUCUCUUCAAGAUGCUGAGUCGAGGUGUCAUCUCCGAGAUCAACGGCUGCAUCAGCACGGGCAAAGAGGCGAACGUGUAUCACGCCAGCACGGUGGGCGGAGACAGCAGAGCCAUCAAGAUCUACAAGACCUCCAUCCUGCUGUUCAAAGACCGAGACAAAUACGUUAGCGGAGAGUUCAGGUUCCGCCAUGGUUACUGUAAAGGAAACCCCAGGAAGAUGGUGAGAACAUGGGCAGAGAAAGAGAUGAGGAACCUCAUCAGGCUGCAGACGGCGGGGAUCCCGAGUCCAGAACCUCUUCUGCUCAGGAGUCACGUUCUGCUGAUGAGCUUCAUUGGAAAAGACAACAUGCCGGCUCCUCUGCUGAAGAACGCUGCGCUGUCAGAGUCGAAAGCUCGGGAACUCUACCUGCAGGUUCUACAGAACAUGAGGAAAAUGUUCCAGGAUGCUCGACUCGUCCACGCCGACCUCAGCGAGUUCAACAUGCUAUAUCACAACGGAGACGCUUACAUCAUCGACGUGUCGCAGUCGGUGGAACAUGAUCAUCCCCAUGCUCUCGAGUUCCUCAGGAAAGACUGCAGCAAUGUCAAUGAGUUUUUUGUGAAGCACGGCGUCGCGGUGAUGACGGUCAGAGAGCUGUUUGACUUCAUCACCGACCCGUCGAUCACCUGCCAUAACAUCGAUCAAUACCUGGAGAAGGCGAUGACGAUCGCGGCGGAGCGGACGUCAGAGCAGCGGUCAGAUCAAGAUGGAGUGGAUGAGGAGGUGUUUAAGAAGGCGUACAUCCCGCGCACGCUGACGGAGGUCAGUCACUACGAGCGAGACGUCGACCUGAUGAGGGCGAAGGAGGAGGAGUCGGCCAUCAGCGGACACCAUGACAACGUUCUGUAUCAGACGCUGACCGGACUGAAGAAGGACCUGUCUGGAGUCCAGACGGUUCCUGCUCUGCUGGAGGACGAGUGCUCUUCGUCCUCAGAGGAGGAGGAGGAAGAGGAGGAGGAGGAUGAAGAGGAGGAUCAGCAGCAGAGUGAGGAAGCCCCGAUGGACAAAAAGGAGAAGAAGAAGAAGGUGAAAGAAGCUCAGAGAGAAAAGAGGAAAACCAAAGUCCCGAAACACGUGAAGAAGAGGAAGGAGAAAGUGUCCAAGAUGAAGAAGGGCAGAUGACGUCAUGUGUGCCACGCCGUCAUCGGUCCUCUGGAAACUUGAAACACACCAAACAGCCAAUCAGCUGUGAGAGAGGCAGGGGCGGGGUUAGAGUGGCUCUCAGACUCACCUGCUCACACUGACCAAUCAGGAGCUUCAGUCUGUCAGUGUUGUACAUUAAAUCUGGUCCGUCUCUUAAAGCUGUCCUCCUUCCUGUCUGCGUCUCAGCUGGCAGCUGAUUGGUUCCUGUUUGAAUGAGCUGAUCUGUAGUUUUAAGACAAAGACAGAAGGGAACUACUUCCAGCAGCGGAUGAAUCCACAGUGAUGAAGAUGAGACUCACUGACGUGUUUAAACAGUGAAGAAGAAGAAAACUCACCUGUCAAACAGCUGACUGUCACGUUAAUAACCAGUUAAUCAAUAAAUCAUCUGAUCACUUUUCA